UCCCUUGCUAUAAAGCAGUCCAUUUUGAAAUUCUCGUCCGUCAACAAAUUUCUCAGCCUAUCUUCUCCCCUCUCAUUCUCAGCAACAAUGGACCCCAUCACUGUUCUCUACAUUGUUCUGGCAUCCUACUUCUGCUUCUCGAUCUGGAAGUUCUUCGACCGCAAAAAAGACCAAGAAUGCUACAUCCUCGACUAUCAAUGCUACAAACCCACCGACGAUCGAAAGCUCUCCACCGAGUUCUGCGGGAGGAUCAAAGCGAACCGAAACCUUGGCCUCGGCGAGUACAAGUUCCUCCUCAAAGCCAUCGUCAGCUCUGGCAUCGGCGAGCAAACCUACGCCCCGAGAAACGUCUUCUCCGGCCGAGAAGCCUCCCCCACCCUCGACGAUGGCAUCUCCGAGAUGGAGGAGUUCUUCCACGACAGCAUCGCCAAACUUCUCGCCAGGUCAGCCAUUUCCCCCUCAGACAUUGACAUCCUCGUCGUUAACAUCUCCAUGUUCGCUUCCCUCCCCUCCUUGUCCUCUCGAAUCAUCAAUCAUUACAAGAUGAGGGAGGAUAUCAAGGUCUACAACCUCACCGGCAUGGGUUGCAGCGCUAGCCUCAUUUCGCUCGACAUUAUUAAGAACAUUUUCAAGACUCAGAAGAACAGGUACGCGCUCUUGGUCACUUCGGAGUCCCUGAGUCCGAAUUGGUACUCCGGGAACGACAAAUCCAUGGUUCUAGCCAAUUGCUUGUUUCGGUCCGGAGGGUGUGCCAUUUUAUUGACCAACAAAAGGUCCUUAAAGCACAAGGUGAUGUUGAAGUUAAAGUGUCUGGUGAGGACCCAUCACGGGUCUAGAGAAGAAGCGUACAACUGUUGCAUUCAGAAAGAAGAUGAGCAAGGAAGGCUAGGGUUUCACCUGGGGAAGACUCUCCCAAAGGCAGCCACGAGGGCAUUCGUAGACAACUUGAGGGUAAUCUCACCCAAGAUUUUACCCAUGAGGGAGCUGCUGAGGUUUAUGGUGGUGUCCUUGAUAAAAAAGCUGAGCGUUAUGGGUAGUCCGCCCAAGUCUUCAAGCGGCGGAGUCACGAAAUCGCCAUUGAAUUUCAAAACUGGGGUGGAUCAUUUUUGCUUGCACACGGGAGGAAAGGCGGUGAUAGACGGGAUCGGAAUGAGCUUGGAUCUGAGCGAGUACGAUCUGGAGCCAGCAAGGAUGACCCUACACCGUUUCGGCAACACGUCUGCAAGUAGUCUGUGGUAUGUGUUGGGGUACAUGGAGGCCAAGAAGAGGCUGAAGAAAGGGGAUACAGUGUUCAUGAUAAGCUUUGGUGCAGGCUUUAAAUGUAACAGCUGUUUGUGGGAGGUAAUGCGAGAUGUGGGAGGUAAGAAUGUGUGGGACGAUUGUAUUGAUGACUAUCCACCAGAUUCUCUGGCCAAUCCUUUCAUGGAGAAGUAUGGUUGGAUCAAUGACCUCACGGCGGAGGAUCUUCCCAACGUGCAAAUCCCAGAUUUUCUCAAGUAAAUUGGUCCUUGCUGGUGGGACGGUUUAAUUUGUGUUAUUUAAUUUCAAAUAGUUUUCUCUGCACACUAUUAAUUAUACUCGUUAUUGUUAAACCCUUCAAGGGUUCAUUACCCAAUAAGGUGUGCUGCUUCUAACACGCACCAGAGAAGCAUGCCACUGAAGAAAGGGUAUUCUGGUCCCCUGCUAGUUACUUUCCUCUUUUCUUUUCUUUUUUAUUCGUUAUGCUUAACAGUUCCAUUUAAUUUCUCUUCUA